AUGAGUUACUCACCUUCGGGCGAAGAAGCCGACUUCUGUCGCGAGCGAUCAAAUACUCAUUCCACACCAUCCUUGCCACAAUGCGGAUCUCAUGCUCCACCCUCUCGUCAAGAGAAUCCUCCACCAGUUCAUUCUAGGAGCGAAUGGAAACCAUCAUAUCCAAAGCUACCACCGUCACAUUAUCCCUCGCCACAUUAUCCCCCGCCACAUCAUUAUCUACCACCACAUUGUCCACCACCACAUUGUCCGCCGCCACAUUGUCAACUAUUACAUUACCCAUCGCCACAUUGUCAACUAUUACAUUACCCACAUUUGCCACCGUACAACAUUUCCUCGCAGUCUCCAUAUCAUAUGCUUCAGCCUUCGUUUUCAUACGUCCCACACCUACAUGCAUACAUGGCCUAUCCAUACAAUCCUAUCCAAUACCCGAUCCAGUACCCGUGCUCGCUUCCCAGCUGCCCUCAUCGCCUGCCGCCAUCCGAGACACUUCAUCAAGGGCUAGCGUACCUAUACUCAACAGCGGCUAAUAUGCUUUCGCAUUUUGUGCCGCCAGGCGUGGACGUCAAUACAGAGGCUUUGCCAUCCGAACAAAAGGCUGCGGAGAAUAGGCACCCUAUAUCCGACCCUUCGCAGGUCUCAGCUUCCCUUUCACCAUUGUUGCCUCCACGAUCUCUAGACAAGUCAAAGGCAUCCUGCCGUCCUAGAAGUAGAUCUCCCUCAAAGAACGCCUUCCCUAAUGUCAUAUCAUCUUUCGAAUUUCCAAAUGGGGAGGUUGCGUACGAGACAAACCUCAACAUCGUCACCAGUGGCAACAACCAAGUUAUAGCGUCUACUUUGGAUAGCGAAGAUGGCGAAAGCACUUUGGGAGCGUGCAGUAAUCGUCGACGUAAGCCAGGGUGUGGGUCCGGGUGGUCCAUGCUGGUAUACAAUAACCGCAAGCAAAAAAACAAAAUAACUUUCAUGAAGCGGUGCCUUGGAGUCUACAAGUGUCCGGUAGACAGCUGCGGGUAUCUGGAAAGGCCUAAGCUCCCUACAAGCAAAAGUAUAGACGCGCUCCCUCCGCCUCCAGAGGUUCCAUGCAAAACACACAGGCAGCAACUGAUUCAUACUCCAUGCCAGGCAAAAAUUGAUAUAGAGCGCAUUGGCAAUGGCAUGAGUGUCGGGGAUACGUAUGAAUACGCCUGCCGCUACCUAAGUCUCAUCGAACGCGAUAUUGAACAAGCCUUGAAGGGAUCGACGCUAAGAUACCAUCGAAUUAAGUAUCCUGCAAAGAGAAAAAAAGUGGACCGAACCAGCGAUGGCCGCGCGCCAGAUUGCAACAAGACGCUGUUCCCAGAGAUAUUUAAGCAGCAGUGGCGAGCAGGUCGUCCUAAAGGAAGUAGGAACAAAGCCCCCAAGCUAACGAUCGACGAAGAAUGGGAAGACCUCGCAAUACCAUGGCAGAUCCAAUAUAAGGGCUUCAAGGCAACCAAUACAUGUUCGUUAGACGCUCCUCUUAUGCUUUGGGUAUUAUUGCGUAGGUUUUCCGGGAUGCGAUACUCAGCAGCUACCUUAGCGACCUCCCAAGGGAGCCUACUGGAAGAUGUCGUUAACCUAGUAGUAUCUCAAAAUCAUGCCAAGGCAAGAUGGAUGUGGUGCAACAAAGCUUUGGGAUUAACACCAGAAGGUGACCAUGAUUUAUGGGACUCUGUUGAGGGCAGCUUCACUGAUCAUUUGCGAGGCUUGACCGCAUUCAAGCCUAUUUUCAACUCGACGUGUUCUGAAGUGGAAUGUCCCAAUCGAACUUUGAAAGAGACACAAAGUGCUUCUUAUUUUGUCAUGAGGAGCCAUGCAAGGCAAAUUAAACAAGAGAGCGUUGACAUGUCGGCUGGGGAGGGGGGCACUUCUUGUUCUUUGCCACUGCAGGCUCAGGGACCCCACAAGCGGAUGCUUUCACUUAACCUCGAAGAUGGAACGUUGGAACCUCUGGAAGUCUGCAGCGGCACGCGGGUGUAUUCCCGAAUGGAGGUUACUGAAUGGCCACUGCUACUCAUUAUCGACUGCCUUCAGGCGUGGCACACCUCUACAGGGUCGUUCGCCUGCCCAGACCGAUACAUUUUUCUCGAUGGUGCUGAUUUUAUUUUGGCAGGUGUUAUACUCCAUAAUAUGAGCGAAGGGCACUAUACGGGUAUGGCUCUGAUCAAGAGGCGCUGGAUAUACUACGAUAGCAUGAAGCCGCGCAAGCUGCAAUGGAUUGGUGACCAAAUGGCUGUUCCUGAUGGUUUUCAACCAACUCAAGUAUGGUACCUGAGAUCCCACAACCAAUUAGCUGGCAACGAGACAGAUAGGGAUGAUGUCUUUAGUAGUCCCAGUGUUACUAGUGCAGACAACUCGGAGGACAGUUCAACUGAGAGUCAAAGCCCGAAGGAGGAUUCAAGCGAGGGCCAUGGAGGUUCCAAGGGUGAUUCAGGCGAGGGCCAUGGAAGUUUCAAGGGGGAUUCAAGUGAGAGCCAAGAAAGCUGUAGGGAGGAUUCAAGUGAGAGCCAAAAAAGCUGCAGGGAGGAUUCAAGUGAGAGUGAAGAAAGCUCCAGUGAAGAUUCUAAGCAACCACGGCAAUCACGACAAAAUUAUCCAUUCAGUAGCUCCACCAACGUUGUUUCCAAUAAGGGAAAGUUGCCAACAUGUGAAGGCUGCAAUAGCCAGUUGGAAAGACAAGCUAAGAGAUUAUUAGUCAAGGUCCCAAGCAACGUCAAGAAAGGGUGGAGUGUUACAAGGUCUUAUCACUUUCUCCGGGCCUGCCUCACUAAGCUACCUCAAGAGCAGUACGACGAGGCCAUGCGACAACUGCGAUUAUGUUCUCUUUACAUGGGAUUUGUGCGGGCCAGCUUAAGCGAUAGUAUCAUUGCAUGUUUAUUUGUGAAUGUCAAUUCUAGUGUUAGUAUCAGUGCAUGUUUGUUUGUGUCUCUCCAGCCAAUGGCCUUUCAGUUAUUUUAUUCACCAGCUCCGACGCGUGUUUUGAACCGAGACCAUGAGCUUGACAGCACUGAAAUGAGAAACCCUUUUGUUGUAGCUACAGAGAGCGGUUAUUCGGACAGAGUAUCCUUUGUAAAGGAGGCUCUUGAGUCACUGCAGUCUGAGGAUGCUCAAAUACGCUCGUCAGCCUACCUUAACUUGCAGGCCAAGUUCAGAGAGGGCGAUGAAAAGCCUUUCUAUCUGAAGGAAGUCAAAGAGUCAAUACGAUUGUUUGCGAGGUAUCUCAUGAGGGAUUUAGAUCUAUAUAGCCCUCCGAGUUUGAUUCAGGCGGCACUAAAGUGUACAGGCUACUUUCUUUUCAACCAGAAAAUUGUCGCGAUGUUUACUUCAAAAGAAAUCGAGGCUCUACUUGUACAAAUAUUACAUUUGGUCAAUGCAGCGAAUGAGAAACCAACUUGUAAUUUGGCAAUAUUGACUCUCUCCUCUACCAGAAUCCCUCGAAGGCUCUUGUAUCCGUUCCUCCCGCAUAUGAUCGAGGCCUUCUUGGACAAUCUGGAGUCCCGAUUCAAGCCGUCAAGUAUUACGAAUGAAUCCCUAGGAGGCAUGUUUAUCUUAUUUACACAAUUUCUAAAUGAAAUUGUGGCAACAGUCCAAUCAUGGCUCAUGCCUGUACUUACGAGAUUAAUAUCACCCAUUCCUGAUAUCCGGUCAAGGGCGUUGGAGCUGUUGACAAUGGCGAUCCCUAAGUUGAUUGAAAAGGAGGAUUCGAGGCGAAUACAGGCCGUCAACGAAUUCAUGGAUGAUUAUAGCACUGAGUCCCUUGAGGUUUUGACAGCAAACUUUCUGGAUGCUAAUGAUGAGGUUUACGCCAUCUCUGUCUGGGGCGCUCUAGUCACGCUAAUGAGAAAGAGACUACAAGAAAGUCCAUUGCUCAACCGCAUGCUAAAGAUGGUGGAGAAAUGUUUUAAUUCGACAUCAUCCGCGAGGACAGAAAUCAAAAUGGCCGCGUUUCAAGCAUGGACCUGUAGUCCAUUGCAAUUAAAACAUGUCAGUUUUAUCCCAGAGUGCCUUAAAGUGCCUUUUAAAAUGGCAAUAGAUGAGAAGCCACCCAUGGUAUCAUGA